AAUUCACAGGCAGAAUGGGUUUUACCAGGGGACAGCCCAGCCCUUGACAUGUGGCCAUCACUGGGUCAUAUAGAGUUUGUCAACUACAGCACAAGGUACAGGGAUGGCCUGGACCUAGUGUUAAAUGAUGUUAGCUUCACAAUACAUCCAGGAGAAAAGGUAAUGUCUUGAAGAUUUUAUUUACUAUUGCAUUCUUCUAGUGUAAGAUAACCAUUAUGUUCAAGUUCUUUAAACUUUUAAGGUAUAAAAGUUUGCUUAUUUAUCACACCAAGCUAAAUAUGAAGCAAAUAAAAUAGUUCAUAAGCAAUUGCGCAAUAGUUUGUAAUUUUUAUAAUUUCCCCUCUAAUUACAUUAUUUCAGCCAUUAUAUGUUAAAUAAUGGACCAUUACAUUCCUUAAAACUCAUGUAAUUCACCAAAUUUAAUAUACAGUAAUACUACCCUGACUGAUUCCCCUCCUCUGACCGAUAAACGAUCUUGCUGGCUGCCGUCCAUGGUUUGCCUUGUAAAAUUUAUGAGGUGGGGUGGGUGAAUAUACAUUGCUGUUCUUUAUUUCAUAAAUGUAUUUUAUUUUAAUGUCAUGAUUAUGUUUCUUUUGAUAAAAAUUUUUAUGUACAGCGCGGUGAGACAAGCCCCAGGCUGGAGUACCUCGCUAUAUAAGACCUCUUAUUAUUAAUUUAUCUGGUAAAUCCAUGUUACAUUGAAUUGAUGUCAUUAUUCUGUUUGCUACUAUUUCAGAUAGGUAUUGUGGGUAGAACAGGGGCAGGUAAAUCUUCUCUGAUGCUUGCAAUGUUCAGAUUGACUGAGGCAGCAAGUGGACUCAUUAGAAUAGAUGGUGUGGAUAUAUCCAAAAUUGGUUUACAUACUUUAAGACGCGGCGUGACUAUACUUCCACAGGUAACUUGAAUUCUCAGAAAAAUUAUCGAAGUCUUUAAACAAAAUAGGGUUUAUCUCUCAAAAUUAGUCUGUUGUUCAUUUUGAAAUAUCAAAAGAAUAUUGAUGAUAGUUUCAGCAUUUUUUGAAAAUAAUAAACAGAUAUUAAAUCAUUCAGUAUUGUUGAGACAGGUUAAGUUAAAUCCAUUUUAAUUGAUUCACAGAAUUAUUAUUUUAUAAACCUUUAACACCUAUUUUUCCCCAUGAAAUAACUGCAACUCUUUUGAUCAUGUAUAGAAAUAAUUCAACAAGCACCACCUGUGUGGUUUUAGCAAUCAUAUACCAUGUUAUAACAUAUUCUCACCCCAUUACAGUAAGUUAUGUCUGAAAAUUGAAAUAAUUACAAAACAAAUGCAGAAUACAAAGUACUAUUCUGUUUUUUGACAGGAUCCAGUAUUAUUUGCUGGCAGCCUGAGAGUGAAUCUUGACCCAUUUAAUAAAUGUUCCGAGGAUGAACUCUGGCAUGCCUUAGAUCUGGCCAACCUGAAACCAUUUGUGCAGACUUUAUCCAAAGGGUUGGAACAUGAGGUUGGAGAAGGGGGAGGUAAGCUGAGGUAAGCAUUUUUUUGGUCAUAACCAGUUAUGUAUUGUUAGAAUGAUGUGAAUGUGAUGCCAAGCCCUUUUCAUUAAUAUUUAGGCAGCAAGAUAUACAAUGUACCAAAACCCUCUAUUUUUGUGUGAUUGAUAUUCUCGUUGUAGUUUAUUUCAAUUACUAUUACAUUAUGAUUCACCUUUCAUAAACAAACGCCUUUCAUAUUUAUAACAUUUACUAGUGGCAGCUUAUAGAAGUACUGAGAAAAUAUGUUGAUUCCAUUAUUAUCAUAUUGUUUUCAAAUGUGAAGAAAUUUGAGUUACGUUAAACAUGUUUUCCCCUAAUUUCAGUAUGGGACAGCGGCAGCUCGUGUGCUUGGCAAGAACUCUACUUCGGAAGACAAAAAUUCUAAUUUUAGAUGAAGCAACAGCAGCAGUUGACAUGGAGACUGAUGACCUAAUACAAAGGACAGUUCGCACUGCCUUCCAAGAUUCAACUGUACUUACUAUAGCUCACAGGCUCAACACAGUAUUGGAUUAUGACAGGUCUGUAUGGAUACAAUGCUUAUUUAAAACUGAUUUUAAAACUAAGUUUUUAGUUUAUUCCAAUGAAAAUAUUUGUAUAUCAGUGAAUAGCACAUAAAUUUCAGAAAUUAAAGAAACAAUUUUCUUAAUUGCUGUGAACUGACAAUUUUAGAAAAGAUCUCAUUCAGAGCCCAUAUUAUCCAGCACAACUAAAAAACAUCCUAUAUAAGGAGAAGGUGGGUAGUAAUCAAUCUUUCCUCUUUUGUGUUAGUUUUCAAAACAUCCCACAAAAAACUGUAAUGAAUGACUUAAUCAGUGCAUGCACAUUUUAAAAAGCAAUGAGACCGUUAUCAUUAUUUGUAGAUGAAAACUAUUUUGAAACAAAUAAAUAUUUAAGCCAUUAAAAAACUUUAUUAUUAUUACUUUCAAAUACAGUGGUAGAGAAAUCUAGUUCACCACAUUCAUGAAAUCAAUAGAUUCAGCCAAAAACCCCCCAUAAAAAUAGGCAGAUAAAUAACAACUAAAUAAGCCCUGCCAAAUAUUUAUUAUGGCCUCAGUCUGAGGGGUCCCUGGAAAAUAAUGAUAGAUUUAGCAGGAUAACAUUAUUCAACAUUUAUGUCAGUUUACUUGACUUGACACAAAUUUUUUUUUAAAAUUCGAAAAACACAAUGUUUUUGGUACUCUUUGUUAAUAAUAAAAUAAAUAAAUAUUGAAAUAUGAUGACUACUACAAACUAAUUGAAAAAACAGAACAUAUCAAUUGAAAUUAAACUAUAUGCAUUAUUUAGAAAUUACAUUCUGGUAUUUUCAUAGAAUAUUAUCUUUUACUACAAAAAAAUUCAUCACUUGAGUAGACUGUAAUUUGUAGACUUAAAUACUUAAAUAUUUCACAGGUAGUUACAAUAAUAUGCUGACAACGAUCUAUUCACAGAAUUCUGGUGCUACAAAAUGGUAAAAUCAUUGAGUUUGACUCACCCAAGCAUCUCCUUGCAGUGUCAACCUCGAAGUUUCGUGCCAUGGUCAAGGAAGCUGGGCUGAGUUCAAACUUUAAAUUAAAUUAA